UAGGUUUUAGCUUCUGGACGUCAGUCUCCUCUCUUCCAAAGACCAGAUUUUCACACAUCCAGCGUCACUGUCCAUCAACAUCUCUCAUUUGAUGGAGUGAGGAAUUCUCUCUCAGAUCUGAAAAAGAGACUCGAGGAAUUCUGUGAGGAGGAAUUCAACAAAAUCCCUCCACAUGGUAAGAGGAGCUGUUCCUGCUGGAGAAACACAGUGAUGUGUUAUUUCUUAGCGAUGCUCCUGCUUUCUUUUCUGCAGACACUUUAUUCACCCGACACUUUGAACUAAAACACUGAUUUAAAAUGAAUAAACUGACUGGAUCACUUUAAACUCUUUCCAUCUUUUACACAAACUCAUGUUUCCAUUUUUCUCUCCACAGCUGCAGCAGUUCAGAUCAUUUCAGAACCAGAACCACAGAGCAGAGAAGACUUUCUGAAAUGUACAUCUAAAACACACACACACACACACACACACACACACACACACACACACACUGCUAGGCUUGUCAUGAUGAUAAAUUUUGUUGGACGAUAUAUUGUCUCAGAAAUUAUUGCGAUAAACGAUAUUAUUGUUGACGUCUUUUCAAGACAAUUUUAUGCCACGAGUAAAAUAAUAAUGAUCAUGCAAAUACACCCUUUCAUAGAACAGUCAACUUUUUAAUUAAGUCAACUUAUUCAGUUCCAUGAGGCUGGCAGGGGGAGUCGCUCUCUUCUGUGGGAUCUUUAACUAGGUUUAGAAUGCUAGUUUAAGCUGAUAUGUGAUUGAUCUAACGGUAAAACAGCACGAGGGCUCGAGAACUUUGACAGGUUACAAUUUUACUUGGCAACAGAAUGUAUCUGAAUUCUGAUUGGUUGUUGUAUCUGAAUUCUGAUUGGUUGUUAUAUUAUUGCCCUUUUGCUGUGUUCUUGAGCCCAGAGUGGGGGGAGGGGGGAGUGACAGGGUUCUACAGAGAAAAGUUUUCACUGCAACCGAACUGUUGUUUUCGUGACCACGCCCCCAGCGCGGAUAUUCAUGUUCACAUUGUUCAGUUUGUUUUUCUCUUUUAUUUUAGAUUUCUGUUAUCUGACUCUGGAUCCCAACACGGCACAUCGUCGCCUCAUUCUGUCUGAGAAGAACAGAGCGGUGAGAUGGAGUGAGAGAGAGCAGCGUUACUCUGAUCAUCCAGAGAGAUUUGAUUCCUGGACUCAGGUGUUGUGUAAGGAGAGUGUGUGUGGACGCUGUUACUGGGAGGUGGAGCGGAGCGGUGCUGGUGUUGUGUCCAUAUCAGUCUCAUAUAGAGACAUCAGCAGGAAAGGACGGGGUGAUGAGUGUCGGUUUGGAUUCCACAAUCAGUCCUGGAGUCUGCGGUGUUCUUCUUCUUCUCUCUCUUUCUAUCACAACAGCAUUGAGACUGAUCUCAGAGUUCCAUCAGCCUCCAGAAUAGGAGUGUAUGUGGAUCACAGUGCAGGAACUCUGUCCUUCUACAGCGUCUCUGACACGAUGAAGCUCCUCCACAGAGUCCACACCACAUUCACUCAGACUCUAUACGCUGGGUUUGGGCUCAACUUGGAUUCUACAGUGAGAUUGUGUGACCCAGAAUAAAAGUGUGGAGUGUUUUCUGUAAAAUUCCUGCACGUUGCCACGUUGUUGCUCAGUCGUCUGUUUCACUAGAACACAAUCCAGCUGCACAAAAACACUCAUUUUAAUAUUUAAAUUAUAAAAUAUGCCGAUGUCGUGUUCAUCCCAUAUUCAACCUGGAUGAUGAUUGGCCCGCAGAUAGAACCUUAUAAAUCCAGGUUUAUCUGUGAGUUUGGGAUUUUUAUUCAAAUAUUACAAUCAAAGCUUUGCAGAAUAAAAGAUAAGAGCACAGGAGAAUAAAGUUUCCCCCAGUGAUGGAGUUUCUGUGCUGAACUCAUUUUCAGACAGAAGCUUUUAAUACUGAGGUCAGGAUGUCAGCAAGCCGCUGUAUUGAUACGCAACGGGGUUUUUCUCCACUUUGGAUGGAUAUUUUUAGAUUUAAUCUGUGGGAAAUAACCACAGUGUCUUAAAUAUGUGUUUGUGAAAAUCACUGUAAACCUACAACUGACUUUCCUCCAAAAAACAUCUCUUUUAAUGUUGUCAUAUAUUGUGUGUGUGAAUAAUGAUGAUAAAUCUGUCUCUGUGAACUGGAUCUGUCUGUGCUCUGACUCCUGAUUUAGAUUCUGAACAUGAUUGUUGGAAAAACUUUUUUUUUUUAAUCCUUUUCAUUUUCAAUCAAAUAGAGCAAAAAAAAAAAAAAAAAAUCUGUUCCAGUUGACUAUUCUGAUUGGUCAGAAGUUGUUGAUUAUUUUUCUAUAACAGCAGCUCUGACAGUAGUGCAGGUUUAUAUUAAUGGGCUUGCACUAAUAUGUCCUUGUUUCUAUAGUAACAG